AUGCCGGGCUCACGUCUCAAUGUCCACCUAACACGUCAUUCCCCAGAGGUGCCAUGGGGAUUUCGACUUCAAGGAGGCAGGGAUCUGAACCAAGCUCUCACCGUUCAGAGGGUAUUUUCUAACAGCCCUGCAGAAGGAGAGCUUCAGAGAGGUGACGUCAUUUUGUCUGUCAAUAACGUGGACGCUUCUUAUCUGACCCAGGCUGAGGCCCAGAAUCUCAUUAAACAGCCCGGGGCAUACCUUCACUUAGUGGUCAACAGACCGCCGCCCAGACCUUCGGCAGGAAUUGUCUCCCCUCACGGUGCUACACAAGAACCGUCACACCAGGUCCCUAUUUCCAGCUCUCCAUCACGUCCCAUCACCAUACAAAUGACUCAGCCUAGCUUCAGUGCAUCCUACAACGGACCCUCCCAACAACCACAGUAUAGGCCACCCCAUCAACCACUGCACGUGUACGCCUCCCCCGGCCCCAACUUCCAUCACAACUUUGAGCGCCAGCGUUCGUCUUAUAGCCAGCCCCCAUCAACUCCGACCCCAACGACCCCUGUGCCUCCAUGGGCGGCGCAGCAGUCUGCACCCAAGAAAGUCACCAAACUGACCAAACUUGGAGGAGGCGGGUUGGACUUCGGAACUGUGUAUGCAACUUUGCCAAGAGGCGCAUCAGCUCACUACAGUGGACGCUCUCAAACUCAGAGCCAAAGCAGUUUUGACGGGCCCCAAGAACAAGAACCAGAACGACGGGCCACGGGUCCGAUACCCAAAGUCUGUCGUCUCCGUAAUCUUGGAGGAGGAGGCUUCGAUUUCGGAUCUACUUAUGGAGCUGCAACUCUACCCAGACAAGGCGGUGGACGUCGCAUGUCGCAACCGGUCAAAAUGCCCAGCGCUGCUGGGUUUGGUUACCAGCCGUCCAGAACAGGCACUGACAGAUACGGAGGCGGCGCACCCCAGUUUGGAUCUGAUUACAGUUACAAGGGAUACGGACAACCUUCAACUCAGAGAGUGCAAACAAACUUGGACUACACCCCUGGGUCUAGAGCAUCAGAAGUCACCCCUAGCUCACAGAACUAUCCGGCGUACGAGCAGCCUUACCAGCAACAGAAGGUGUACACUCCCACGGCGUUGCUGCUGGAGCAGCAGAGGCUGCAGGAGCAACAACAAGAGGAUGGUGAGGCUAUACUCCCAGUGUGGGAGAGGAGAAGGCAGUUUCAGCAGAGCUCCAGCCAAUCAUCAGAAGCGAGGACUCCCCGUCUCAAACCAGCCCCAAAGUUUACCAAGCCAAGUCAAGCUCCCACAAGCUACAGCAGUUUGGGAACUGACUACACCCGUCCGUCUGGACAACAGCCUACAGCUGCUUGGAGUACUCAGAACCAGUACGAGCCAACCCAAGUUCCUAUUCAAAGACCUGCUUCCACAGCGUACACUCCAAUCACAGUUCAGUAUUCUUCGCAGUCGCAGUCAGCUGCUCCGGCAACUGCGCCCAAGCCAUCACCACCCGCACCUGGACAUGUUCAAUCGACUGCACCUUCUUGGCAGCGUCACGAGGAAGAAGAUAGAGGACUGCCUACCUGGCGAAGCAGCUUGAAACCUACUGGAGUGAAGCCAUGGGAAGCGGAAGAAAGCUAUGCCACAGAACAGCCACCAGCCAGCAAACCAACUCCCUCGGCAACUACCCCGUCAGGUGACCGUGACUGGAGCCAGUCGGCAGUUCUCAGGAUUCUUAGCCAGGAAGAUGGCAGGGGGAAACAGCCACCUCCACCUGUGGCUCCGAAACCCCAGCCUCAGUACAGCUCAGUGCCUGCAUCGCAACACUAUCAGUCGUCAUUCUAUGACGAGGUUGCCGCCUCUGAUUUUUAA